AUGGCGGAUGUGGGGGAAGGUGGCUUUUCACGUGUGGGUUUCUAUCGCGACGCGGCUCCCGAUCGCGAUCCCGACCCGCGUUCCCCCCGUCGCCGCCAGCCGCGGGCGCUCGGGGUUUUAGCGGUGUCGCAGAGCAGCGCGGCGGCUUCUUCUUCACCCGACGGAGCAGAGGAGGCGGAGACGCUGACGGAAACCGGCUUAAGGAGGAUCUCCGCUCCAAUGGGAGCCCCCCUGGCCGGAAAGGGCGGGAGGGACGCCCGGAAGUGGGCGCGGCCGCGCGCUGUCAUGGCGGCGCCCGAGGAGGAGGCGGCGGCGGCGGAGAGCGAGGGAGGGGAGGGGGUAGAUGAGGAGGCGCUGAAGCGGCUCGAGGUUUGGGGUGGUUCUGGGUGUUUUCUGCCUGUCCCUCUCCCCCAGGCCCUGGUGACAGACCUGUAUCGCUUCCGGGACACGCUGACCCCACGGGACCCUGCUGGUGACCCCGGCCAUGAGCCAGGGGACGCUUUGGUGGCCGAGAUGGAGAAGACGCUGAAGCUCAUGGAGGAAAUUCAGGUGUCCCCAGAGGGGCGUGGCCGUGCCCUGGUGCUCCGAGCCCGUGCCCUGGGUGUGGCUCCCGAGGUGGGCGGGGCCCGGGCGGAGCUGGCACUCGGCCACGCCCUGAAGCUCGACCCCGCCCUGGGCGCGGCUUGGCGCCAGCUUGGAGAGCAAAGAUGGCGCCGGGGGGACCUGAGGGGCGCCCGUGACGCCUUUGGCGGGGCCCUGCAGCAGGGCGAGGACCCCGAGGCCCGGCGCCUGCUGUCCAUGGCCCUGCGCGCGCAGGGGGCGGGGCCGGGCCCGCAGGGGGCGGGGCCUGACCUCGGGGGGGCGGGGCCAGGCCCUGGGGGCGGGGCCUUGCGGGAGAGCCUGUCCCAAGCUGAGGCAGCCGUCAGGUGUGACCCCACGGACGGCCGGUCCUGGUACGUGCUGGGGAACGCACACGUGUCCUUGUUCUUCGCGGGGGGGCAGAGCCCCGGCAGCGCCCGCCGCGCGCUCGCGGCCUACGCCCAGGCGGAGCGCGUGGACCCCGCGGCCGCCACCAACCCCGACCUGCACCUGAACCGCGCCACGCUGCUGCAGUACCUGGAGCGGUUCCAGGCGGCGCUGGAGGGUCUGAGCCGCGCGGCCGAGCUGGCCCCGGGCUGGGACGAGCCCCGAAAACGCCACGGGAACCUCCUUGAGUUCCUGAGCCGCCUCUGCGGGCUGCUGGCCAACAGGGGGAAGCUCCGUGGGAAGCGGCGCCGGGGACUGGCCGGGCCGGUGCCCCUCGCCCUCCUGGGCCCGCUGGGGGCGGCCGGGGACCCGCGCCCCUCCCCCAUCACCGCCCUGCGCCCCGGGCCCAACCCCCAGCGGGUGGUGCUGGGGAGGGUCCUGUUCAGCCUGGCCCCCCCCGGGGGUGUGCCCUACACGGUGGGGCUGCAGGACGGGGGCGGGGCCGUGGCCGCUGUCACCGUGUACAACGCGGCACCCACCUGGGGGGUGACCGUGGGGGACGCGCUGGGUGUGCCCGACCCGGUCCUGACCCAGCACCAGCAUCAGCACCAGGGACAGACCUUCUCCUUCCUGGGCAUCCGCGUCUCCUCCCCCCUGUCCCUCGUGGUCAAUGGAAAGCGCCCGCCCGGCUCUGCCCUUGCUCCGCCCCGCCUGGCGCUGUCCAAUCCCAGCGCGCCACUCGAGGCCACGCCCCCCAGUGCACGCUGACCACGCCCACCCCUGGGUACAGGAGGAGAGUCUGGGCGGCAGAAUUUGGGGAAAUAAAGGAAUUUUUUGG